CAGGUUAAAAGUUUGGAAGUCAGUUGUUAAGUUCAACCUCCUUUCCAUCAACAUAUCCAACAUUAGAAUCCAACUUUGCUUCGAAGAAGACAAUCAAGUAACAAGAUCCUAUAUAUUAGAUCCUAUAUACCCUUAAACAUAAACAGAAAGACCUUUGCACUUUGUUAUUCUAUUGAAAAAUUACGAAUAUACAGAAAUUCGUCCAUUCCAUUAUCAGAUUGAAAGAAUUUGCCGCCUUCUUUAAGCAAACGUUCCCAAUUGCAUCACAUACACACGAGAAAAUAAAGUAAGAGAGAAAGAGAGACAUGGCUUAUGCUGCUGUUACUUCCCUAAUGAACACCAUGCAGCAAUCAAUGCAAGUGACUGGAUGUAAUUUGCAAUCGUUCUAUAAAAAGCUUGAAACCGUGAGAGCAAUUAUGGAGACACCCUGCUAUAUAGCAGGCGAUCUUGAGGCAUUGACAAGCUUGGAAGAUGAAAUCACUCAGCUAGCAUACACAACACAAGAUAUGGUUGACUCGGAGUCAAGAAGAGUUUUCACAGCAAAAAAUGCAGCUACACAAACAACAGAGUUUUGGGACCAUCAUUCCCUCUUGAAACAAGCAAUAAGAGACAUUGAUUCCAUGAGGAACAAGUGGAUGAAAAUGCAGAACAGGUAUGACAACAUUCAAGAUUGGAAAGCACAAAAUUUGACCAUCACCAGUACAUCUCAACAUACCUUAGAGCGUGAGAAUAUGAUGGUUGGACGUGAAAUUGAAUUCGAGAUGGUGCAGGAUCAACUUGCUAGAGGGGCAAGUGAAGUAGAAGUUGUCUCCAUUGUAGGGAUGGGGGGCAUUGGCAAGACAACUUUGGCUAACAAACUUUUCUGUGAUCCAUUCAUUGUGUCUCGCUUUGACAUUCGUGCAAAAGUUACUAUUACGCAAGAGUAUUGCACGAGAAAUGUACUCCUAGACCUUCUAUUUUCUAUAAGUGGAAGUGGAAGGACUGGUGGAUUGUGUGAGCAGCAAGAUGAUGGGCAACUAGCAGAUCAACUACAAAAGCUUCUAAAAGGUAGGAGGUACUUGAUAGUCAUUGAUGACAUAUGGGCUAAAGAAGCGUGGGAUGAUAUAAAACUGUGUUUCCCAGACUGUAACUGUAGAAGCCGAAUACUCAUGACUACUCGGAAUAUGGAGGUGGCAGAGUAUGCUAGCUCGGGUAAGCUUCCUUAUCAAUUGCUGUUCUUGAGUUCUGUUGAAAGCUGGAAUUUAUUGUACGAAAAGGUCUUUGUGAAGGAGUGUUUUUCCCCUGAAUUUGAAAAUAUUGGGAAACAAAUUGCAUUAAAUUGCAAGGGAUUGCCUCUUACAAUUGUUGUGAUCUCUGGACUUCUCCAAAAAAUUGGUAAAUCAUUGGAUAAAUGGAAAAGUGUUGCCGAGAAUGUAGGUUCAGUGGUAAGCACGGAUCUUGAUGUCCAAUGCAUGAAAGUGUUGGCUUUGAGUUACCAUCACUUGCCACAGCACCUACGAGCAUGCUUUCUAUAUUUUGCAAUCUUCCCGGUGGAUAAAUUGAUUUUUGUGAAUAAGCUUGUGAGAUUAUGGGCAGCAGAGGGUUUCUUGAAGGUAGACGAGAUGAAAAACAUGGAAGAAGUGGGGAAAGAAUGUCUAAAAGACCUUACUGAUAGAAAUUUAAUUUUCAUCCACCGUGUAAGUCGUUUAGAUGGAAAAAUAAAAGCUUGUGGAAUGCAUGAUAUGAUUCGUGAACUCUGCUUGAGAGAAGCUCGAAACACAAAUUUUGUGAAUGUUAUAAUGGACAAUCAAAAUCCCAGUGAACUAGCCAGACAUUUUUCAACAAAGCUUCGAGGUCGGAUCAGUAUCCAAUCAGAGCAAUCCACUUUUGUUCCCGAUCAGUUGUACGCAGUUCGUAAUAGUAAGCCCUGUUCUCUUCUCCUUUUUAUUCGAAAACCGUCAACCUCAAGAAUAAUGCAAGAGCUAGAGCAUUUCAACUUACUGAGAGUAGUUGAACUUGCUUCACCAAUGUUGGAUGCUUUUCCCAUUUGUAUUGUUGGUUUAUUUCACUUGCGAUACCUAGCUUUGACUUUUUACUCUUCCAUUAAUCACCGGGAUAUUUACAUUGCUCCAUCAGUGGAUAACCUUCAGUAUUUGCAGACUUUUAUACUUAAGUUUCAAAAAAAUUUCUUCAUACGCCCGAAAUUUUCUUUUGUAUUACCAUUGGAAAUUUUCAAGAUGUCAGCAUUGAGGCACCUCUCCUUGGACAGGAGUAAGUUGAAUCGUUAUGCGUCUAGAGAGACAAGUUGGGAUUUGGGAAAUUUGCAGUGUUUGUCUGGGUGGAAUCCUUUAUAUUGUACUUCAUCUAUCUUUAGACUAUUUCCAAACUUAAAGAAGUUGAAGAUAUGUGAUCACAAAGAAUACUACAUGGACGGUUAUGAUGUCGUGAAGGGCCUCCAUGAUCUUUGCUACUUAGAUCAACUCGAAGAAUUGAAAUAUAAGAUGAGAAAAUCGAUCAAGGGAACAACUUUAGCUACAAAUUAUUUGUCGAGACAUUCUCAGCUUCCUCCUCCAGGUGCUUUCCCGCAGAACCUUAAGAAGUUAGCUUUUACCAGCACUUCUUUGCCUUGGGAGGAUUUGAGGAUUGUUGGUAAGUUGCCCAAACUCGAGGCCCUUAAACUAGCAUAUGAUGCUUGCGUAGGCAGAGAGUGGAAAGUAGUCGAAGAAGGGUUUCCUCAGUUGAAGUUCUUACUACUGCAACACUUAGGCUUAAAUUACUGGAGAGCUAGUAGUGAUCAUUUUCCACGCCUUGAACGACUAGUCAUUGACCGGUGUGGGUACUUGGAUUCAAUCCCGCACGAUUUUGCAGAAAUAACCACACUUCAGCUAAUUGAUAUAAGCAACUGUGCAGAAUCUGUUGGAAACUCUGCCAAGAAGAUCCUUGAGGAAAUUGAAGACAACUAUGGAAGUACUGUUGAGGUCUGUAUCAGCUAGUCCUUUCAAUUAAGCCUUUCUGUUCACUUAAUUUACUUGUACUUCAAUCCCUUUCAAUUUAACCAUGCAAAGGGAGAGGUAAGGUCUACGUACAUUUUACCCUCCAAGGCCCCCAUAUAUGGGAUUAUAUUGGAUAUGCUGUGGUUGUUGUUAUGGUUGAAUUUAAAAAAUAGUAUUCGUUUUG